AUGGCGGCCACGCCGUGGCUGCUGCUUCUUUGCCUCAGCCUCGGCGCCGGAGGCGUACUGCAAGCUCGUGCCCAGCCUGACAGUAAAGGAUUCAUAAGCAUAGACUGCGGUCUGCAGGGGGAGACGGGCUACACGGAUAACACCACCAAACUCUCCAUCGCCCCGGACAACGGCGGCUUCACGGACGACGCCGGAACCUGCCACAACAUCUCGGCCGAGUAUGUAACUCCGUUGAUGGGCAAGAGCUGGUACAACUUGCGCAGCUUCGCAGCUGGCACGCGGAACUGCUACACGCUCCGGUCCAUCGUACCCGGGCUCAAGUACCUCGUCCGGGCCAGGUUCAUGUACGGCAACUACGAUGGCCUCCAUCGGCUGCCCAUGUUUGACCUUCACAUCGGCGUCAACUUUUGGCGCACUGUGAACAUCUCCAGCCCAUUCGCGGCGAAGUUCGUGGAGGUCAUUGUCGUGGUGCCGGAUGACUACGUGCAGGUCUGCCUGAUCAACACCGGUGCCGGGACGCCCUUCAUCUCCGGGCUGGACCUCAGGCCGCUCAAAAAGACAAUGUACCCACAGGUGACCGCGGCGCAAGGGCUCGUGCUGUUGACCAGGUUCAACUUUGGCGGCGACGAAAACACCGGUAUCAGGUAUCCUGAUGAUCCACACGAUAGAAUGUGGUUCCCUUGGGUUAACUCUUCAUCGUGGACCGAGAUAUCAACGACGAGGAGGGUCAAGUACGAAGCCGACAGCCCCUUCGAGGCGCCGAUGGCCGUGAUGCAGACGGCCAUUAGGCCGCGGAACGCCUCACACAACAUAGAAUUCGACUGGGAGCCCCAGCCCCAACCCAACGACCCAUCCCCAGGGUACAUCAUCAUCAUGCACUUCUCGGAGUUGCAGCUCCUCCCAAGCAACGCUGUGCGCGAAUUCUACAUCAACCUCAAUGGCAAGUUGUUGAACCGAGAUGUCAUGAGGCCACCAUACCUGUACGGACAGGCCAGCUACAAUACCUUCGCCAUCCGGAAGAGCUACUACAUCGUCUCCCUCAACGCCACCACCAACUCGACGCUGCCGCCAAUUAUCAAUGCUCUCGAGUUGUUCUCAGUCAUACCCACCACCAACCUCAGCACAAACUCCCAGGACGUGUCUGCCAUCAUGGCGAUCAAGGCGAAGUAUCAGGUGCGUAAAAACUGGAUGGGCGACCCGUGCGGUCCAGGGACUGUCAUGGUGUGGGACAGCUUGACAUGCAGCUACGCCAUUGCAAGGCCCCCAGGGAUCAUAAGAGUAGACCUGUCCUCCAGAGGUCUGAAUGGUGAUAUAUCAUCAUCUUUUGCCAACCUCAAAGCCCUCCAAUACUUGAAUCUAUCAAACAAUAACUUGGUAGGCUCAAUUCCAAAUGUUCUUUCGCAAUUAACUUCACUGACAGUUUUAGAUUUGUCACGCAACCAGCUGAAUGGAUCAAUCCCCUCUGGACUCCUCGUAAGGGUCCAAGAUGGCUCACUCGAUCUAAGAUAUGGCAACAAUCCAGACCUUUGCACCAAUGGGAAUUCAUGUCAGCUGCCAACUAAAGAGAAGAGCAAGUUAGCAAUUUACAUUGCCAUCCCUGCAGUUCUGAUAGUGGUCAUGGUGGUGGCAGUACUCUUUUGCUUUAUAAGACGAAAAUGCCAAGGUGAGGCAUCGACAAGAGCACAACAACUCUACGCGUCGGGAGAUGAUUUGUAUGCGGACGGUUCGCUGCGACUUGAGAGCCGCCAAUUCACUUACGAGGAGCUCAAGAUGAUAACAAAAAACUUUGAGCGAGUACUCGGACGGGGAGGGUUUGGGUACGUCUAUGACGGUUUUCUGGAGGACGGCACUCAGGUCGCGGUGAAGCUGCGAUCUCAUUCCUCUGAUCAAGGUGACAAGGAGUUUCUCGCAGAGGCUCGCAUUUUGACACGGAUUCAUCACAAAAAUCUUGUCACCAUGAUUGGUUACUGCAAGGAUGGGGAGUAUUUGGCACUUGUCUAUGAGUACAUGUCAGAAGGAACCUUGCAUGACCAUAUUGAAGGUAUGUAA